AUGACUAGAAAAGAAGAAAAAAACAUUGAAUUGGGAAAAUCAAUGGAGAAUCACAACGAUGUGGUGGUGAUGCUAGCCAAGCAUGUCAUUGCUACUGUUUCCAAUGGCUCCAACUUUGUUUUCUCACCAACUUCAAUCAACCUUUUGCUCUGUCUCAUUGCCGCUGGUUCCAGCUGCGUCGCCAAAGAACGAAUCCUCUCGUUCCUCAUGUUGCCAUCAUCAAAUCACCUCAACGCAGUCUUGGCCAAUGGCAACGAGAGAAGUGAUUUGCACUUAUCUAUAGCUAAUGGUGUAUGGAUCGACAAAUCUUUCUCCAUCAAGCCUUCCUUCAAAGAGCUUUUGGAAAACUCAUACAAUGCUACUUGCAAUCAAGUUGACUUCUCCUCCAAGCCUGGUAAAGUGAUUGAUGAAAUGAAUACAUGGGCUAAACUUCACACCAAUGGACUCAUAGAACAAAUUAUCUCACACGAUUCUAUCGAAGCUCUCCGUGACAGCAACCUCAUACUUGCGAAUGCAUUGUACUUCAAAGGAGCUUGGAACGAUAAAUUCGAUGCAAAGUUGACAAAAGAUUACGAUUUUCAUCUUCUUGACGGAAACUCUGUGAAAGUUCCCUUCAUGACCAAUAGCGAGAACCAAUACCUAAACGGCUAUGAUGGUUUCCAAGUUUUGUGCAUCCCUUAUGUAGAGGAUCGACGUCAAUUAUCCAUGUACAUCUAUCUUCCUGAUGAUAAAGAUGGAUUACAUGCUCUGCUUGAGAAAAUGGGAUCCGAACCAGGGUUUCUUGAUAACUAUAUUCCACGUUUCCGUGUACCAGUGGAUGAUUUCAGAAUUCCUAAAUUUAAGUUCUCUUUCGAGUUUGAUGCGUCGGAUGUUUUGAAGGAUAUGGGACUGACUUCACCGUUUACUCAUGGAGGUAGUCUAACUGAAAUGGUUGAUUCACCUAGCAUUGCUAAGAAUCUGUACGUCUCAAAGAUUCUUCAUAAAGCUUGCAUUGAGGUGAAUGAAGAGGGAACUGAAGCUGCAGCCGUUUGUCGUACCACACAGGAUAUGUUGUGGUUGGAAAAUCCAGAUUUUGUAGCUGACCAUCCAUUUCUAUUCACGGUGAGAGAAGACAAGAGUGGAGUGAUUCUGUUCAUGGGUCAAGUUCUUGAUCUUUCAAAACAUUAA